AUGGUCACUGACCUGGUUCAGAGUUCAGUCCCAGAGGGAUGUGAGGAAUCCGGGAAGGUGAUUGUCCUCCGCUUGCGGCAGGUGCCACCCCCUGAGCUUUCAUAUAAAUCCACAGCCUCACUGACAGCAGGUGAUGAAAUAAUACCACUAGGGGGCAGUGUAACACUGACCUGCUCUGUGUCCAGCUCUACUGGCUGGAAGUUUGACUGGUUCAGACAGAAGUCAGAGUCUUCUGGAGCUCAGCUCAUCAGAAACAAUGAACAGAUGGAGUCAUCAGCAUCUCAGAGGGAGGUCUAUACAGCUGCAGAGGAGGAAGAGAAGGAAAACGAGGUGGCUUUAUUUCCUGUUAUACCCACUGUGAUCCUUCAACCCAACUGGCCUCAGAUAUUCAGAGGAGAGACAGUCACUCUGAGAUGUGAGAUCCAUGGAGGUGGAGGAGCUCAGUGGACGUAUGAAUGGAGACCAACCAGCAGAAACUCUCCAACAUCCAGUGAAUACAGGAUCACUGCAGCUGACAGAGGAGAAUAUAGAUGCAGAGGAAGAACAGAUGUCUUUACAAUAACAGAGUGGGGAGUCCUUAGGUUAGAUGUGUCAGACUUUCAUCCAGCUUCUUCUCUUUUAGUGACUCCAGACAAAGUUCAACAUUUUAUCAGUCAGUCUGUCACUCUGAGCUGUAGUGGGAACAACACUGAGUGGAGACUGAGGAGGUUUACAGAAACAGGUGGACUAUCAGACAUUCACUGCUCCAACUGGGGGACAAUGACUGGAUCCUCAUGUACUAUAAACACAGACUGGUCUCACAGUGGAGUGUACUGGUGUGAGUCUGGAUCAGGAGAUUUUAGCAACGCAGUCAACAUCACUGUACAGGAUGAAAAUAACGGUAUCAUCCUGUUGAGCCCCGUCCAUCCUGUGACUGAGGGAGAUCCUGUUACUCUGAGCUGCAGAGAUAAAGAACAAAAACUUCUCUCCAAUGUGUUUUUCUAUCACAAUAACAAACUGAUCCACAAUGACAGCAGAGAGGAGCUGAAGAUCUCUGCAGUGUUAAAGUCAGAUGAAGGUUUCUACAAGUGUGAACAUUUAGGAAAGGAGUCACCACAGAGCUGGAUGGCUGUUAGAGAUAAACCUCAGCCUGUCCUCUCUGUGUCUGCAUCAUGGCUGAGUCCUGGAGCCUCAGUGACUCUGAGCUGUGGGGGGUUGGAGCAUCCAUCUGCAGGAUGGAGGUUCUUCUGGUAUAAAGUGGUUCCAGCAAAAUCCAGCAGCUCCUACAGCUUAGAGCUGCUGACUGGCAGAACCAACUGGACUGAACAGAACUCCUACCUCCUUAAUGGACAGAAUCACACAGCAGGAUAUGUGUGCAGAGCAGGAAGAGGAGAACCAGUGUUUUACACUAAUUACAGUGUACCGAAGUUUGUCUGGUCUGCAGACUCUCAUCCAGCUGCUUCUCUCUCAGUGACUCCAGACAGAGUUCAACAUUUUAUCAAUCCGUCUGUCACUCUGAGCUGUAGUGGGAACAACACUGAGUGGAGACUGAGGAGGUUUACAGAAACAGGUGGACUAUCAGACAUUCACUGCUCCAACUGGGGGACAAUGACUGGAUCCUCAUGUUCUAUAAACACAGACUGGUCUCACAGUGGAGUGUACUGGUGUGAGUCUGGAUCAGGAGAUUUUAGCAACGCAGUCAACAUCACUGUACAGGAUAGAAAUAACGGUUUUAACAUUGGACCAAUUAUUGGAAAAGUUGUCAUUAUCCUCAUUAUCCUGCCGCUGCACCACAUAUCCUGUGGUGCUGCAUACGGUCAAAGGAUGAAGGUGGAGUCCAGCAGCAGCACAUGGAGCAGUUUAGGCUGGCAGGCGGUUCAGGCUGAAAAUUAUCUCAACGCAAAAACAUCCUCUCGUGUGUUUCAGUCUGUGAAGGAGGCUGAGUUAAGAACCAUCUAUGAAACAGCUCCUGUCCUUUCUCAGUGA